AACAUAGAGCAGUCUAAGAGCUCUUUUCCUUACCUAAUUUGCCCUUUGAGAAUGAUUAAUUGGUUGUUGGGUUUGGUCGUUUGUUCAGGAAAAGAGAUCUUCCUCUAUGUCUGCGAUGUCGAUGCUCUUGAGCAGGGGGAGGGAGACUUGAGCUGGGAUCAACACGGCGGAGUGGAGCUGCUCGACCUAUCGCUGGUCGCGGGUCCCCAGUCGCCACUCGCCAAAGAAGAGAAGAGGAACGGCAGAGCGGCGAAGCACGGUCGGCUCGACCUUUCGCCGGUCUUGGGUUGCCGACUUGCCUCGUUUGUUUCGCGGACCAGGGGUUGCAGCUCCGCAGGUUGUUGGUCGCAGGUCGCUAGAGGAGAGGAGAAGCGGCGAGGCAGGGCUGGGGAAGAAAAAACGAUGAAGGCUCCCUCCCGAUUCACUUCGAUUAGAGAUUAGGGUUUUCCGUAAAUGAUGAUUUUUUUUAAUUAUAAGUGUUGAAACGGCGGCGUUUCCUUCAAUUCUAGUCUACCGCCGGUUGGAAAGAAACCGGGCGGUAUGCCGGGUUGUGCCGGUUAAACCGCAAAAAUCGGCCGAAACGGUAAAAUGCCCUCCACCAGGCUACCGGUUGAACCGGCCGGUACGAUCCGGUUUCCUGUUCCAUGAAAAAAAGUGCCUCCAGCAGAAGCUCGAACCCACAACCACCAAGCCCAAAACAUCACCUACUAACUCCUUAACCAACUAGGCUACAACCGGCUAAUUGUGAAGUUAAUUCUGCUACUUUUUUUCAUUUGUAAUUAAGCAUAAUACGAGAA